GCUUCCGCUUCCGCCGCUUUGAUCUUUUUUUUUUCUUCAAACGUGGGUCACCUGUCACCCAAACAGACGAGUGGAGUUACCUCCGUGAUAUAAGUGCGAAAGGGCGGGAAAUGCGGGAUAAAGCGUGCGCUUCGAACGUCAAUGAGUCAAACCCUUCGCACGGCCUUUGACAGAGGUUAGCUGCUUUCUAUAAAGAGGCCGUAAAGGCCCGAUUCUGGAGUGGCAAAGGUGCAUGAUGGCGACUGAAGCGAGCCAAGGCAACUUUACCGAGAGGAGCGGAUCGCCAAUGGGCGUCGUCCCGCCCGACAGCGACCAAGCAGAUCUCGAAGAAGCUUCAACAAUCACGCCUACGGACGCCAAGGUCGAGCCGUCGGAAGAGAAGGAAGGGGGCCUGAGAGCAUGGGGCGUCGUCUUUGGAGCAUUCCUAGCCAAUUUCAUCUCGUUUGGCGUAGCAAAUGUCGAUGGUGUCUUCUUGCGUGCCUACCUGGGCGAUCCCAGCUCCAAGUUCAACAAGGAGGGGUCGUUCAAGCUCUCUUUCGUGGUCGGCAUUGGUCUCGGUCUGGCCUUCGUUGCAGGCCCGUUCUCAAACAUCUUGACCACCCGCUUCGGGAUACGAGCACCUGUCGCACUUGGCGUGAUUCUCAUCACCGUCGCUAUGGAGUUGGCCAGCAUCUCGACAAAGUACUGGCACCUCUUUCUUAGCCAGGGCGUUAUGUGGGGUCUUGGCGCGAGUCUCAUUUUCAUCCCUUCGAUUGGCCUGCCGAGCCAGUACUUCACCAAGCGUCGCGGGCUUGCAACAGGCCUAGCUUCGGGGGGAUCGGCAAUUGGUACGCUAGUCCUUUCGCCAUCAUUGCAAAAAGCGAUUGAGACCGUCAAAAUUCCUUGGACGUUUCGCAUCCUUGGCUUUAUUGAGCUCGGGCUUGGUAUUCUAUGUGUGAUUCUCCUCCGACCCAAGCCCAUCGACCCCAAGUCCUCCGAGAAGGCCGUCCAGUUUAUUGCUUUCGACCUGAGCAUCCUCAAAGUACGUGGCUUUCCCCUCUAUCUCGCCUAUGCCUUUCUGCAGCUGUUUGGCUACGUCACCCCCGUCUUUUGGCUUCCCAACUAUGCCCAUGCGAUCGGUCUGUCGGCGAGCCAAGGUGCAAACGUCAUCACCAUCUUUGGCGGCGUCAAUUUCCUUGGCCGUCUCUUGGCCGGGUUCGUCGGCGACCGGCUUGGCAUCAUGAAUGUUCUUGCCUCCUUCACCUUUAUGGCCGGCCUACUCUGCGUCGUUUGCUGGCUCUUCGCGAGAUCAUAUGGAGUACUGAUCGUCUUUGUCGUCCUAUGGGGAAUCAUGACCGGGGCAUAUUGGGCCUUGACGGCACCUGCCACGGCCCAGAUUGUCGGUCGCCAACGUCUGGGCUCAGCGUUGAGCUUCAACUUUCUCAUGAACGUCAUCCCACCAAUCUUCGCCUCUGCAAUCGGAAGUGGGCUAGUGCAGGGCACGGCCAACAUGCUCGGCGUAGACCAGACCACCCCAGAUGCCUACCGCUACCUCAUUGUUUGGAGCGGGCUUGUCUACAUGGUCUCAGCGCUGAUUCUUCUUGCCGUUCGAUUCAUGCUCGGACCAAAACUAUUUAUCAAACUUUGAUCCUGUAAUCAUCUGUCUACGUUCGC